UAUCUUCAUAUCGACUACCAAAUAACACUUAACACAUUGAUAACACUGACAUCCUUUGGUUAUGUCAAAUAUGUUGUCAAUAUUAUUUUGCAUAUUUUUUCUAUCGUCGAUUGGCAGUGUUUUCAACAAAAAUCCUGCUAUAAUAGAAUUAAAUGAUGAAAACUUCAAAACUACUACAGAAAAUAAUCCCUACGUCCUAGUGGAAUUUUACGCUCCCUGGUGCAAAUAUUGCAAAAAUUUUGCUCCGGAGUAUGACAAAACGGCGAAUCUGCUUCAAAAAUCCAGUCUGAAUGUUAAACUAGCUAAAAUUGAUGCAGCUAAACAUACUAGUAUAGCCAAAGAACAUGGUAUAAAAGGAUAUCCAACCUUAAAGUUGUUUAAGAAUGGACAAUGUGAAAAAUACGAAGGUGACAGAGAUGCAUGGAAGAUUGCAGAAUGGAUUAAAACCAGCAUUGGACAAUAAUUAAAGGUUUUUGCAGUGAUCUUUUUGAAUGAGAAUAGUGAUAUUCUUAAAACUUUGUGCUUACAUUUUUUUUUGGAAAUUUAAGUAAUUUGCAAUCAGGCACGACUUUAAAAUUUUAAGUAGGUUGUAUUGUGUCAUGUUCGAUUGAACCCUUAUUGACACAUUUUUCUGGCAUACUACAGAUAUUCUUAACCAUAUAAAAAUAAGAAAACAUUUAUCUGCGGAUUAUUUAUUAAACAAGAUUAGACACAUUAAAUUACAUAAUUUUCAAAAUAAAUACAACAAGGAAAUGUUUUCGUUGGGCAUGAUUCA